AUCCACACACGAAGUCAGUUCGCGAUGGAACUUUGAACACAACGGUUUGAACAGAUCGAAUUUUUCUUCGGAGUGGACGAGACGUUCGGUCGGCAGUUCUAUCGCUACAUAGAACUACACAGUUUCCUACUCCGCGAACUCACUCCGCGAGAACCGAAUGAAAAUAGAGAGGAGACGGACAAGGUGGAGCUGAGGAAAUCAACGGUUAAGCCAGCGAAAACGGGCUAAAAGACUGAAACACACGUGGAUUGUUCACUCACACCCCUCACACGCACCCACACUCACCCAGCAGCUCCAACUGUUCGCUGCAUUUAUGUAAAACCAAACAAAGACUGAUUAAAACGCUAAAUAUAUACAAUAAACGUAACGAAACAAAGUUAAACACGCGAACAGCCGCUAAAUAUUAUACGGGUUAAAGCGAAUUCCAAAGCAAGCAAACACAUAUGGAUUAAGGUUCCUCCUAUCUCAAAAACAUAAAAGUAAAAGAAUUAAAGUAAAAUAACCAACACACACAACACUCACACACUCACGGAUUACCUGCAGCGGCAAUUUACCGUUAGCCGCUCUUUUUGGAUUACCAGUGCCAAUAAAAACCACAAAAGUGAAUUUUUUCGAAAGUGAAGAAAGCGAAAAACGCCCGCAAAAUGCUAAAAAUCUAAAACAAAAGUAACAAGCAACCAAAAGCGAAUUCUGUGUUAUCUAAACGAGAGCAAAAGCUAAAAGAGCCCCGAAAACCAGCAAUGACGAUGGCCGCCUGUUAUGCCAACUACGACAUGUCGUCCUUGUCGCACGGCAUGUCGGCCCUGUCCGCACUGCAGCAGCAACAGCAGCAGCAGCAGCAACACAGUCAGGCGCAGCAGCAGCACAGUCAGACGCAGCAGCAGCAGCAGCACCAUCAUCAGCAGCAGCAGCAGCAGCAACACAUGUACCACGCUGCAGUGGCUGCUCACCAACAACAGCUGUUGCAGCAACAGCAGCAGCAGCAACAUCACCGCCAGCAACAACUCCACCAGCCCGCCAGCAACAGCAGCAACAACUCGCGCCACAGCCACGCGGCGGCGGCCCAAACGCAGGUCGCCGCCGCCGUGGCCAACAGCAGACAACAACAGCAACAACAACAACAGCAGCAGCAGCAACAACAACAGACCGCCAGCAGCAGCAACAGCAGCAACUCGGCGUCCGCUCCAUCGCCGCAGAAGGACUACAGCAUCCCGCUGCACGUGGACUGCAGCGUGGAGUACGAGCUGCCCAACCAGCCGAAGCCUCCGGCGGGUCAGCGGGUGGAGCCGCUGCUGAUGAUCCACCCGUGCUACUUCCGCAAGAUGGAGUCGCAGCGGCGCAGUCCGUUCGUGAACAACAUGCACGCGACGGCGCGGGCGGUGAGCAGCAGUUCGCUGAGCAGUGGAGCGGCCCUGGGCGGUGGUGGAAGCGGUGCGGCGGUGGCCACGGCGCCCAGCAGCAGCGCCGCACGGCGGGGAGCUCGGGCGGCCACCAGCCAACAGCAGCAGCAGCAGCAGCAGCAACAACAGCAACAGCAGCAGCAGCAGCGCUACCAACAGCAGCAGCAGCAACUGCGGCAGCAGCACCAGCAAAUGUCGCAGAUGUCGCAGCAGGCCCACUAUCCCCAGCAGCAGUCUAGUCUGGAGCAUGUGCGGCGACAGCAGCAGACGCAGCAGCAACAGCAGCAGCAGCAGCAGCAUCAGCAGCAACGUGCCAGCAGCAACCAAAGCCAACGCCAAAGCCAAAGCCAGAGCCACGCGGCCAACUCAGCGGCGGCAGCUGCGGCGGUGCAGGCGCAGGCCUCGAUAGCCGCCGCAGCCGCCGGUCAGUGGGACCAGCUGGCCGCGGCGCUGGCCGCCCGCACCGCCCUCACGCCCCACCACAUGCUGCAUCCCCACAGCCACUACGCGGCCAAGGGGAGCGGCGGCGGUGGGGGCGGGGGAGGCGGAGGCGGCGGCAAGCGGGACGCCAUGAUCUCCGGCAGCAACUACGGACAGACGGCGGCCGCCGCGAGCAAACUGCAGCAGCAGCAACAGUCGCAGGUGCAGCAGCAGCAGCAGCACUGCCUGCCCCCGCCCCCCUGGGACGCGACGUCCAUGCUGAUGGACCGGUCGCCGAUGGCCACAGUUCCUAGCAAUUAUCAGGCCGGCCCUGACACCAAUCCCAUGCGCCUCUACUCGGCCACGCCCACCUCCGGAGCGGCCACGGGCGGUUCGGCGUCGGUGGGCGGCGGUGGCGGCGGUGGGGGCGGGGCGGUCAGCGGUGCGGGGGCGUCGGGAGCGGUGACCACGGCCACGGACAAGCUGAGCGGAAAGUACCGCCAGUACUUGAGGUCGCAGAGGAUGCACCCGUACGCGGCGGCCGCCUCGCUGAACUUGGCCGCCGCCGCCGCUGCCGCUGGACAGACGUCGUUCGUGCCGUUCAGCUCGGCGGCUACGGCGGUCUCGGCCACGCCCACAUUCCAGCACCUGCCGCAGAUCUCCUGCUACAACGUGUGAUGCAGCAGCAGCAGCAGCAUGCGAGAAGGACAACGGCAA